GAGAGUACAAUAUCGAUGGAAAGGGCAGGGCAUCAUUUAAGUAGUGAAACAGGAAUCAGUAGAUCUAGGGUAAACGAUAGCUACGUUGGUGGUGUGCGCGCGAUCGAUCGGGCAUCAACUGGCCAUUAUUGCUUUUCUUCUGUCCUUGUUUUAGGUUUGGUGAAGGACACAUCUCAUCAUUCUUUCUCCACAAAUCCUUCCAAUCUCGUUUCUUCUGUGUCGAUACUUAAAAAGAUCGGUUCUUGCAGUUGCAUCUGCAGAGGAGCUUGGGUAUCUGAUCCGGAUUUAGUGAGUACAAAGUUGGGAUCUUUAAUGGCUGAUUCAGAAAAACCAGUGGUUCUGAUCACUGGAUGUUCGGAGGGGGGCAUUGGAUACGCGCUCGCACGAGCCUUCGCCUUGGAGGGGUGCUUCGUCGUCGCAACAAGCCGGUCCCUGAGCUCAAUGAAGAGCCUUGAGAACGAUCCGAGAUUCUUCCUCCAGGAACUGGAUGUCGUUUCGGAGGACAGCAUCCGGAGGGUUGUGACAAACACCUUGGAUAAGUUUGGUCAAAUCGAUGUGCUCGUCAACAAUGCUGGAGUUCACUUGGUCGCACCGCUCGCUGAGGUCCCAAUGUCGUCUUUUGAGCAUGUCUUCAAUACCAAUGUCUACGGUCCAAUGAGGCUAAUUCAAUUUGUAGUUCCUCAGAUGGUGCUUAGGAAGAAGGGAAAAAUCGUAAAUAUAGGAAGUAUUUCUGCAUUAGCCCCUGGACCAUGGGCAGGAGUUUAUUCAGCAUCAAAAGCUGCACUUCAUGCCUUGACGGACACAUUAAGAUUGGAACUUAGGACCUUUGGCAUUAGCGUGAUAAACGUAGCUCCUGGAGCUAUCAGAUCGAACUUUGGAAAAUCUUCAACAGCCAGCUAUGACCAAAUGCCCGAAUGGAAGUUCUACAAACCUUUCGAGGCUGCAAUUCGUGCAAGGACAGCUUUGUCUCAGGGCCCGAAGUCGACACCAGCGGAGGAGUUUGCAAAGAGGACUGUUACUAUGGUACUAUCGAAGCAACCUCCUGCCUGGUUCUCUUAUGGGCAACUUUCCACCAUUCUAGCUAUUCUGUAUUACCUUCCACUGUCUAUUAGAGACUACAUCUAUAGGUUGGCUCUCAAGUGUUGACUUGAGUAUGUUCACGGCUGCUGCUGAUCACUGGCAUUCUCUUUCUUCUUCUGUGUUAUGUCACACCAGUCAUGUUCAUGGUGUCCACGAACUUAGGAACAAACUGUGUUAUGGCACUCUUUGUUACUCCUAUGCCCUGAUGAGCAAAUUGGCACCAAGCCUUGUGACAGAAUGCUGACCUAGUUCAUGUUGAAAGAUGGAAUUCUCUGUUAAUCUUGUUGUAUUCUAACAAAGUUGAAAUGUUUACUAGCACGUAAUUUUUUC